AUGUUGUCAUGUCAAAGAGGUAAUGCUCACCCAGACAUAUACUAUCGCGACCCUGCGCUGUUCGGCAAUCAGACAUACGUGGACCGCUACGUGGACGACAUUGCCUUCACUUUCGGCUUAUCACGAGCAUCACUCAACGUAUCUGCAGUCGCCAAAGGUCUCGUGGCGGGGGCAAUCACAUUCCAUCGCACAGAUGGCUCAAGCACCACUGCCAGCAACGAUCGAGACGGUCUUCUUGUCCCAAGCUUGAAGGACAUGCUGGCGGUGGAUCUGCAGGCAGUGAAAUGGAUCCUUGUCAUCGAGAAGGAGGCAACAUUCCGAUCAAUCACGGCCGGUCUCUUCUGGGACACAAUCGCCACACAAGGCAUCGUUCUGACCGGCAAAGGCUACCCUGACCUCUCUACCCGCGCAUUGCUGCACUUCCUCAGCACAGCAUCGCCACAGAACGGCUUUGCCUCGCCUCCAGUGUACGGCCUGGCAGACUUCGACCCAGACGGCCCAUCGAUCUUGUCGACUUACAAACAAGGCUCCAAAAGCUUGGCACAUGAGAGUGAAGAUCACUGCGCACCACACCUGCAAUGGCUAGGUCUCCGAAGCGAACACCUUUACCUCAACCAAGACGAUACCCACGCAUCGCAAGGUCUGCUCAAGCUCACGGCUCGAGAUCGCAAGAAAGCUAUCAGGAUGCUAGAGCAGGACGAUGAUCUGGCGGUACCUGAAGAUUGGAAGGCCGAACUACGUACGAUGCUCAUGCUCAACACGAAAGCCGAGCUGCAGCUUCUCGAUGCUAUGACAGGUGGCAUGGUAGACCUCCUUACUGCGAAGCUCGCCAAACUCUAG